CAAUGUAACUAUCAUUCAAAACCCAAGAACUCCACUAUUUACACUCCUCCGGCAGUCAGUCAGUUUAUUUUUGAGUUAUUGAAAGAUAAAAGGGACAGAGACUAUUUAUGGAAUGGAGUUUAUCCAGUAGUAGGAAUAGAUUUAGAUCCUAAUUCUUCCGCAGAUUGA